AUGUCAAGCGAAAGCCUCCCAAUCAACCCAGCUGCCUUUGCCGAAGCUAUCACAGAGCUCCCGCUCUCAGCAGUCUACGGCAAAGUGUCAGAACUGCGCAACUCGCUCGCCCACCUGCACCGCUCCAACCUCGAGCUCCGAAUCUUCCUGCUUGAGUCCCAGGAGCCCGAAGAAGAGAAGAAGGAGAUAGAAGGCUAUGUCACGGAGAACGAAGUAGUCAUCGAGUCGAUGAAAGAGCGCAUCGCGUUGCUGAAAAAAGAGCUGGAAAAUCGCGGUCAGCCUUGGAUCGAAGUUGAAGAUGCAGAGAACAAUGGCGAGAACCAGGAGACCUCCGAGGAGGCGCAGGGAGCUUCAGAUACCCCAACAGCUUCUCUUACAAAUGGAACUGGCUCUGGACAUGGUGAUCAGAGUUCCGGUGCGGGGCAAAACGGAGAUGAUGGUGUCUAUCUAUGA